AUGGAAGAAGAUCAAAUGGUCGAUCCAUUGGUGGAACAAGCCAUUCAAAGAGUAGUAGCAUAUCAGAAGAAGGUCAAGGCUCCUUCUUCAGUGAGCGAAGUCAAGAAAUCGCAUAGUCCCUCUCCAAGUUUCAAUGAUUGGGUACCACGAGGAUCAAUCUCAGAUGCAAGUCGCAACAGGGAGUUUAGACCUCAAGUAUCAUCUUUAAUUAAAUCUCCGAGAUUCUCAAGUUCGUCUCCAAUGCCGAAUAACAGGAGAGGAUCAAGUUCAGCAUCAAAUGCAAGUUUGCAGUGCUCUAUUCCAUAUAUCAAUCCCGGAUUCAUUGAUUUCUUUUGCCUUCUUUGGCACUAUGUUCCAUCUACAAGGGAACUUCCAAGGCCUAAAACUCUGACUCCAUGUUCCAAGGGUUGGAUAGGAUUUGGUUCAGUCUCAAAACUGCCAUCUUCGACUCAAGUUUUACCUUCAACUGAAAUCCCAAUGCAUCAUAAUCCAUCUUCAACUUUGAGUCGUGGCCCAAGACCCAAUCUGAUUUCAAGUGCUAAUACGAUUACACCAUAUCAACUUUCAGUGAAAAAUCAGGUUCCCAACCAGAAUCCAUGCCCGAGAUCAAGCGUAAAUGUUACACAAACACACUCCAGCUUAAAGAGGAAAGCAGCAGAUUGUGAUGUUAACAUAACCAACAAUUCAGUGAGGAAUUUAUCUUGUGAUCUCUGUCAAGUUAGCUGCUCAAGUGCAUUAACUCUUCAGCAGCACGUAAAAGGUCGUACUCACCAGGCGAAGUUGAAAUGGAUGCAAUUAAACAGGAAUGGCAAAGAACAGAGUCAACACGGUCAACCAAGAUGCGAUGUCUGCAAAAUUUUCUGCACGGACAAAACUGCUCUGUACCUGCACUUGACAGGGAAAAAACACAAGGCCAAACUGCAUGAAUUGGAACUUCGCCAGAAAAAUGGUGGAGAGAAUGGAACGAAGAUGCUGUGGUGUGAGUUGUGUCAUGUUCCUUGCAUGAACGAAGAUUGUUUUAAGUCGCACCUCAAGGGGAAAAAACACAUAGCUCAUGUUUACAAUGUCAAUACGAAAAUGAAAAUUGAAAAUUAG